UCACCCGCCCGCGCGCGCGCCGUGUUCCGUGUUGGGGGCAGCAGCUCGCGAGGGAAGUUUCUCCUCCUCCGGCCUCUGGGGCCGUCGCUUCAGCGAGCCGCGCUUCGUCCCCCGGCGUCUUCGAGGGAGGGAGGGAGGGCGGCCACACGCCUGGGCAAGGAAAGAGCGCCGAGCCAUGGGUACAAUCAAGCACUCGCCCGAGUACAACUGGUUCCGGAGCUCCGUGUCACUCAAGCGGGUGAUAGUGGACGAGGACGACACGAAGGUGUGGUCGCUGUACGAGGCCGGCCCGCGGCACGUGCGCUGCCCCAUCGUCAUGCUGCCGCCGGUGAGCGGCACGGCCGACGUCUACUUCCAGCAGAUGCAGGCGCUCAGCGGCCAGGGCUACCGCGUGAUCUCGCUUCAGUACCCGGUCUAUUGGAACGUGGAAGAGUUCUGCGAGGGCUUACGUAAGCUGCUGGACAGCCUACAGCUGGACAAGGUGCACUUAUUCGGAGCGUCGCUCGGAGGGUUCCUGGCUCAGAAGUUCACCGAGCACACGAGCAAAUCCCCCCGCGUGCAUUCGCUCAUCCUGUGCAACGCCUUCAGCGACACCUCCAUCUUCCGGCAGCACUGGACCUCCACGAGUUUCUGGCUCAUGCCGGCGUUUGCGCUGAAGAAGCUGGUGAUGUCCAAUUUUGCGGCGGGACGCGUGGACGGCCAGAUGGCGGACGCCAUUGACUUCAUGGUGGACAGGAUAGAGAGCCUGAGCCAGGCCGAGCUCGCCUCUCGUCUCACCCUCAACUGCCAGAAGUCAUACGUGGAGCCGCAGAAGCUGAAGGACGUGGCCAUCACGCUAAUGGAUGUAUUUGACGAGAGCGCGCUGACCUCCUCGGCGAAGGAGGACAUGUACAAGCUGUACCCUACAGCCAAGCGAGCACACCUCAAGACGGGCGGCAACUUCCCCUACUUGUGCCGCUGUGCCGAGGUCAUCCUGCACAUCCAGAUCCACCUGCGGCAGUUCCACGUGACGCCCUACGCCGCCAUCGACCCCACCAUGAUCGACCGCGAGGAGCUGCAGGUGAUGGAGACCGAGCAGCCUGCGCCGGCCGAGGGAGACGGCCCCACCGAGCCGGCCACGAGCCCUGAUCCCGAACCUUGACCCCUGACCCCCUCGUACCACCUCUUCCACCUCCUAGUGUCCUCACCGGUGCCCGAGAGCCAUGCAGUGGUGGCGAAAGUAAAACCUGGCUGGCAAACCCUCCUGUCCGCCCACUCACGUUUGCCGACUGGAGGCUCCGAACCCUUUCGCUGCUUUCGGCCAGAGUGCUCGUAUUCCCAGCGCAGUCGGGUAGGGGCGCAGGCGUGGGCUGAUCCGUCCGUCCAUUCAGCCAACCAGAUCCUGGUCGCCAAGCGCCUCGGCGCCACCGUGAUAGGGACUGCCGAGGCUGUCGCGCGGGCAAAUGCAAUGUCAUGGUAUCGCUUCGAGGUGUCUCCCCACGCUGCCACAGCCUCCCUAUGCGGUACUUUGUUGGCAUGGCUACGGGCAUGUGUCGGGGAAACCUGGACACCGGGCCUGGUGAGAGGGUUGUCACUGGGCUGGGAGCAUGGGGCUGUGGGUAAACGCGUGCGACGGCGGGGGGGGGGGGUAAUCGGGCCGAGCCAUACUGCCACUGCGACACCCCCGUCCCCCCCGGUGCAACGCACGGUACAAAUGCCCCCAUCGUGAUGUUUUGGCACCAUCUGCGACCACAGAUUUUGCCGAAAUUAGUGUCACGACCCGAGUUCCGGUGAGCGGUCCUGGUGCAGCGUUUCCGGGAUGCCCUGUCUGCAAUUAUUUCUUUUGUAAUUUUCUGACUGUUAAUUAUACAAUUGUUUUGUAUGUAAAGAAAACUGAUUAUAGAAACUAGAACUUUUUAGGUUUUCAUGAACCAAUGUUUUGUCGGUGGUUGUCCUGGUGGGGUUUGUUUUGAAGUCCUUGAACCCGUUUGCAAAGAAUGGUAAAAUUCCAUCUCUGAAUGCACCACAUGUGUGGCUCGGAGCAAUAACCAUGAAGCGUUCCAUAUAGAUUUUGUAAGGAAGGGCGUGUUUGGUGUUUGUAUAGAAUUUCUGCACGGGAGUCGCCAAAUCCCUGCAAUACGGUCUUAUCAUUUUCAUUGCGCGCGGCGUUACGUGACUGCCCUUUGACUCAUCUGCUAAGAUCAAUUCUUCAGCUCGCGAUGGUGACAGUAAGCGUAGAUUAUUUACAGUUCGGUGUGCAUUGUACGCCGUUGCUCUGCGCAGACCGCGCGGCUAUUAGAAGCGCGAUGCGCGCCACAUGGCUGCGGAGAAUCUGUUCUCAAAUCGCGAUGCGUGCCCUGCGUCGCACGUGCAACGAUCUAUUAUCUUCUGCGAUUUUGGCACGCCGUGUGAGAUCUGUUCACGUGACCCGGCCAGUGACCUGCUGAGGCACAAACAUUUGUUAGAAGAUUAAGAAUCAAUUCUUGAAUCGCAAUCGCUGACACUGAAUCAUGAUCAUCUACACAACUCUGAGAAAGGUGUGGGCACGUCAUAUACGGGGGGGGGGGGGGUGCAGGAGCUGGGACGCUUGAUCAGUUAGCCAAUUUGUCGAUUCAAAAUGGUAACCAACCACUUUAAUUGUGGUCCAUCACCCGAGCCCCUUGAAAAUUGGUGGCCGCCCCCAAAAAUCCCCUACAAGCGACGCCGAUGACGUCACCAAGCCAAUGUGGGCGCAGGUGAGAAGAAUUUUUAUCCCCAGCUAUUCUCGUGUUACCCGGGUUGGUCGAGUGAUCGAACGUGAAGAAUAUGAUGAGAAACCGGCUGUCGCUAUACCGCCGUCUUAAAAGCUGCACUGGACUUGUAGUGGUGGUUAGUUCGUAUUGGGGACUUAUUGCCCAGGAUUAAGACUGCAAGAGGGUUAAUUAAAUGCAGUGUCGUAGGUACUUCCGCUAAACCACUCCAGCUUCAUCUGUCUAGUUGCUGCCAACCGAGACGUGUUGCGUCGCCAGCGCUCGCCUACGUCGCCGGGCUGGGUGCUGACAGAUUAUUGACCAGGUCCGCGCCCAGCCACACAUUCACCACAGCCGCGCCUUUCUAUUACCGCCGCUAGGGGCCUGGCUGAAGCAGGGCCCAGCCCGGCGACAUGGGCGAGUACUGGCGCCUUGAUUGCUUGCACUCGCGCUGCCCUCGGUGUUGUCGGGUUGCCGGUUCGGUUGAGAGCAAUGGCACGGGAUUGAAGUUGGUACGGCGAGCGUUUUGUUAGCGUCAAAAUGAGUGAAGCAAACAUGUCGACUUAAGUGCUUUUCUGUUUAAUCUACGAUGACAGCGCGAUGAUAACUCCGUCCACCCGCGAGUAGCGUGACUAGAGACUGCAGUGCACUGAGGAAGACCAAGCAUGGCAAUUGGCUAUACGUAAGAGUCUCGCAAGACUUAACUAGUUCACGGAUCUGAUGACUUGACAUUUAUCGGGAGGGGCGGAAUUGUCACCUUCCCGACAUUUAACUCAAGAGGGACUCGAUGUGUGACUGCACCGCCACGAUACCCACAGACCCGAUCUCUAUGGGAGUCGUGGACCAGAGUGUGACACAUACACGAUGCUGACUACAACAUCGCUCUGGCGGUACGUGACACACACCGGCGUUGCUGGGUGGGUGCCCAUCGCCGCCCGAAGUCCGUCGUUCUGGCGUUCCCCUCGUUCCUGGUUUCCGACAACUGCGCAACACGGGCACAGUUCCGCGAGUGGCGUCCGAUUCUUGGAGCUGCCGAAAAUGUGAACGGCUUUGUCUACUGGAUUUUAAAUGCUAUUUUAAAUUAAAUUUGUUAAUAAAGGCAUAUUGUGCACUUCCUGGUGAUUA